AAAUUUCAAGCUACCUUCCAUACGAAUAAUGUUUAUCUUUUCUGAAGAAAUUCCUCCAGUUUCAGUACAUUCUUAAACUGAAUUGUGAAAAAUUCUUCCAAUCUCUCCAUUGUUAGAUCUCAAAGUGUUUGUCACACAUUCUCUUUUCAAAUUAUAUGAUGUUUCUGAAUUGAAAAUCUUUAGAUAAUAAUUAAUCAAAUCCGAUUAGAAAAUAUGAAUACAUGAUUGAGAACUCUGAGGAAGAGUUACCCACCAAAUGAUCAUUUUUCAACUAGAAAAAGUUGUUGAAUACAAUCGCUCUCAACACAUACACGGCUCCUGAAUUUAUUGAUUUUGUUCGUAUACUUUUUAUCAAAUGUGUCUAUUAAGCCAACCCAUUUUAAGUCUGCAUUCAAGAGCCGUGCACGUGAAUCAUAGGCAACCCACACGGAAUAUUCAACCAAUCAAAAUAAAACAUCAUCCGAUUAAAAAUAAAAUCCAAGUUAGUGCUUGACACUUCAUGUCAAAAAAAAAAAUGUUACUUGAUAAAGAAAAUCCAAGAAAAAAUUGAAUGAAUUCAUUAAUUUCUCUUAAAACAGGUGGUAUAUUUAUCUUACUGACAAACGAAAGUCCUAUAAUAUCCUAUAUUUUUGGCUGAUUCGCGGAAGGAAACACAACAGCAUCAUUUUAGAAUCACGAUUUUGUGGCUCAAUCUCAUCAGUAUCUUGUGAAGUAUUAAAUGCAUACUCGUGGAUAGCUGCUUUGCCAUAUUUUGCUGCGCAUGAAAAGCCAUAUAUAAGAAAGCAAUUAGCUUCAAUUGAAAAUCAACUGGAGCCUUCUUCAACCAGGACUACUCUCAAUGGCAGAAAACAAAACCACAAAGUAUGCAGUAGUUACAGGGGGAAACAAAGGGAUUGGAUUCGAAAUAUGCAGGCAGCUAGCUUCUCAUGGAGUAUUGGUGAUUUUAACUGCUAGAAAUGAGAAGAGAGGGAUUGAAGCUUUGGAGAAACUCAGAGGAUUUGGUUUGGCUGAAAAUCUGGUGUUUCAGCAGCUUGAUGUAUUGGAUCCUUCUGGUGUUGCUUCUUUGGCUGAUUUUGUCAAGGCAAAAUUUGUCAGGCUUGAUAUCUUGGUGAACAAUGCAGGAAUAGUUGGAGUCAAUGUAGAUGUUGAUGCCUUAAGAGCUAAACAAGAGUCCAGUGAGACCGGAGAAGCUCCAGUCAAUUGGAACGGCAUAUUGACAGAGUCCCGCGAGUUGGCAAAGGAGUGUCUUGAAACAAACUAUUAUGGUGUGAAAAGAAUGAUGGAAGCAUUUAUUCCACUCCUCCAGUUAUCUAAGUUGCCGAGGAUUGUGAACGUUUCUUCCUCCAUGGGUAGGCUAAAGAACUUGACACAUGAAUGGGCUAAAGGAGUAUUAAGUGACGGUGAAAACCUCACCGAAGAAAAAAUAGAAGAGGUGAUAAAUCAAUAUUUGAAGGACUUCAAAGAAGAUUCACUUCAAGCCAAGGGCUGGCCUUCUUGCAUGUCAGCCUACAUACUCUCUAAAGCAGCGAUGAACGCGUACUCGAGGAUCAUGGCAAAGAAGCGUCCGCCUAUACAGAUCAAUUGCGUCUGCCCUGGUUAUGUGAAAACAGGCGAUUACGGUCAUGGGAUAUUGUCUACUGAAGAAGGUGCAGAGAGUCCUGUAAGUCUUGCUCUGCAGCCUGAUGAUGGUCCUUCUGGUUUGUUCUUUGAUCGGAAAGAAGUUUCGUCAUUCGAAAUUUACUCGACUUCCCUUGCCAAUAACAGGCCUAAUAUAAAUGGCAUGUCGCUUGACGAAAAGCAGCCGUGCCUGCGUCGAGCACAUAAUAUUCACCAAACUAUGGCAUAUAAUUUUGAUACUAAGACCGUUGAUGAUACUGAUGUUGGUGUUGCUAUGGCUGCUUCCAUUCCAGUCAGUUUGUCAGAAGAUUAUGGUACUGCAGAAUACAGGUAUGCAGUAGUUACAGGGGGAAACAAAGGGAUUGGACUUGAAAUAUGUAGGCAGCUAGCUUCUCAUGGAGUGCUGGUGAUUUUAACUGCUAGAAAUGAGAAGAGAGGGAUUGAAGCUUUGGAGAAGCUCAAAGGAUUUGGUUUGGCUGAAAAGUUGGUGUUUCAGCAGCUUGAUGUAGUGGAUCCUUCUAGUGUUGCUUCUUUGGCUGAUUUUGUUAAGACAAAAUUUGGCAGGCUUGAUAUCUUGGUAUGGCUUGUCCUGCAGCCUGAUGAUGGCCCUUCUGGUUUAUUCUUUGAUCGGAAAGAAUUCUACCAAACCCAAUGCACUGUUAGUUACAUAAGCCUGCUUAGACCAAAAAAGCUGGAUAUCAAGAAUCAAGAUCUACUAAUCCUUUCAACAAUGGCAGAGAAAACCACCAGCACAAGGUAUGCAGUAGUGACUGGGGGGAACAAAGGGAUAGGAUAUGAAACAUGCAGACAAUUAGCAAGCAAAGGUGUAGUGGUUGUGUUGACAUCAAGAGAUGAAAAGAAAGGCAUUGAAGCUAUUGAAAGGCUUAAAAAGGAGACAAACAUUACUAAUAAUGAUCAAAUUUUGUUUCAUCAGCUUGAUGUUAUGGAUCCAACUAGUAUUUCUUCUCUUGUGGACUUCAUCAAGACCAAAUUUGAAAGGCUCGAUAUUCUGGUUAACAACGCAGGGGUUGGUGGAUUAAUGAUGGAAGGAGAUUAUGUUAUACUAAAAGAUUUAAUAGAAAGAGAUUUCGUAACCAUUUCUACUGAAACUGAAGAAGAGGGUGAUAGGAAGAUCAAAUCAAUUGCAGGUAUUGUUACAAAUUAUGAGUUGACAAAACAAUGCCUAGAGACUAACUACUAUGGUGCAAAAAGGAUGACUGAAGCAUUUAUCCCUCUCCUUCAGCUCUCUAAUUCACCAAGGAUUGUUAAUGUUGCUUUUUUCUUGGGAAAGUUAAAGCUAUUGUGCAACGUAUGGGCUAAAAAUGUGCUAAGUGAUGCUAACAGCCUGACAGAAGAAAGGGUGGAUCAAGUGUCGAAUGAAUUUCUCAAAGAUUUUACAGAGAAUUCAGUAGAAGCCAAGGGUUGGCCAAGUUACUUCGCGGCUUACAAAGUCUCAAAAGCAUCGUUGAUUGCCUACACAAGAGUUUUAGCUACCAAAUACCCGAAUUUUAGGAUAAAUUCUGUAUGCCCUGGCUUUUGCGGUACAGACAUGACCGCGUAUACUGGGAGCUUAACUGCUGAAGAAGGGGCUGAAAGCUUGGUGAAUCUUGCUUUGUUGCCAAACGAUGGACCUUCUGGCGCCUUCUUUUACAGAAAGGAGGUCACUUCUUUUUGAACACGGAUGAUCAUUCAACUAUUAAUUGUACAUGAGCUCGGGGGAAUCCAGUAUAUCUAUCGAUGUAAGAAGAAUAAGAACUCACUCUGUCGACUGAUCAGAAACCAUAACCUUUAAAUUCCUGUCAAUUUUCUCCUAAAAACAUGAAAAUUAAAGGAUCUCUGUCUGCAUAAUAUGUUAGUAUAAUAAUCACAGGUAACUUAAUGUAUGUAAUGUGAGUUAAUUAAUGCUAUUAUUUGGAUAA